AAAUUUUUUUCGUGUGUGUGUGUGUGUGUGUGUAUGUGUUAAUGAUUUUUAUUUUUUUUUUCACACAUAAUGGCAAAUGAUCAUAUUGAAUGUAAUGAAUUACUCGUUAUUCGUAAUCGAAAACAUCAUCAUCAUCAUAACCAUUUUGGACAACAUUCGACAUCAUCAAAUAAUCAUUUGAAAAGCGUAUUUAAUCAUCAUCAUCAACAUCAAAUGGCAACAACAUUUCAAAUAAACACAACUAUGGAACAUGAACGUUCAACUAGUCGUAGUUCAUCUUCAUCAUCAUCAUCAUCAUCAUUAUCGUCAUCAGCAUCGACAUCAACAUUAUCAACAAAUUCAUCAUCAAUAAUUGAUCCAGGUGAAGAUAAACCGGAAAUAAAUAUGAUUAAUUCAUCAAUGGAUGAUACGACAACAAUGAUAAUGCCAAGUCCAAAUAAACGUCUUUGUAAUGACUAUAAUCGUAUGAAAAUUGAAUAUGAACAUCAUCAUAGGCAACAAAAUGGACGAAAAUCAAAAGAAUUGAAAAGUAAUCAUUGCAGAGAAAAGAUGGAUCAAAAUGAUCAUGAACAACAACAACAACAACAACAACAGGCCGAUAAUGAAAUGAUUAUAUCCGAUAAUGAAAAGUGCAAACCAUUUCGAUCAUUUCUAAUCAAAGAUAUUCUUUCACCAAAUGUUAAUAAUAAUGAUGGUGAUGAUGAAAAAGAAGAAUUUUUCGAUAAUACAAAUAGUAGUGGCAAUAAUCAUAAGAAUAAUAAAAUAACAAACGAAACCAUGACACGUUCACUGGGCCAGAAUUUUAUAAGGCCAUGGGAUAAUGUUGUCCUGAUGGAUAAUUCAUCAUCAACAUCAUCAUCGUCAUCAUCAACAUCAUCAAUGAAUCCAGCAAAUUAUCUACAACAAUUAAAUAUGGCAUCAACAUUCAUACAAAGUAUACAAUAUAAUGCUGCAUUAAAUGGCGGUACAUUACAUCCGAAUCAUUUAGCAUUAUUACAUAAUUCAUAUCAUGGAGCAUUAUCGGCUGCUGCUGCUGCUGCUGCGGCGGCGGCAGCAGCUGCCUCAGCUUCUGCUACAAAUGUCACUGUAUCAUCGUCAUCAUCAUUAACAUCAAACAAUACAUUGACCAAUCCUCAUCAUCCAUAUAAUCCUCAUCAUCAUCAUCAUCAUCGUAAUAAUAUCAUGACAAAUCGAAGGCCAAGAUCAGCCGAUGAUGAAUCGGAAAUAUCCGAAAGAUCAGAAAGUGAUUCACCUGAAAGUCCAAUCAGUACAACCGGUACAACAAAUGGUAAUGGCCAUAAUAAUAACAAUAAUACUGGAUCAUCACCAUUGGAUGCAUUAUUCGAAAUGACAAGUAAAGCAUUCGAACGUAAUGAAAAUAACGAUAAAUCUUCUGAUCCUACGGCGGACCAUCUAAAUCUAUUCAAUAAUCGUAAUACGCAGAUUAAAAAGAAAAGAAAAUCACGUACAGCAUUCACUAAUCAUCAGAUAUUUGAAUUGGAAAAACGUUUUCUUUAUCAAAAAUAUCUAUCACCAGCUGAUCGUGAUGAGAUUGCCCAAUCAUUGGGUUUGACCAAUGCACAAGUGAUUACAUGGUUCCAGAAUAGACGGGCAAAAUUAAAACGAGAUGUUGAAGAAUUAAAAAAAGAUGUCGAUGCAGCCAAAUUGAAUGGUGUGCCGACAAGCAUAUUGGAGAAUAUAACAGAUUUAAAUCUAUUGAAAAAACCAGAAUUAGUUGCUGCAUUACAUCAUCAACAUGCUCAACAUUUACAUCAACAACAACAACAACAUCACCAUCUUCAUACAUUGACAAAUCCAACAACGCCUACAACGGCUACAGCAACUGCAUCAGCACUGUAAAAAAAAAUGACAAUAGUAAACCCUAUAUAUACAACAACAACAAAAACAACAACAAAAACGACCAAUCAUCAAAUUUUAACAUUGAACUGAAUAUUAUACUGAAAAAAAACCGGAUACUCAAAUCACAUAUGGAGAGUUAUAAUUUUCUACCCGAAAAAAAAAUUUCCCUACUAAUUUGAUAUAUUAGACAUUAAAAUGAAAUUGAAUGCCUUUGAAAAAAAAAAUUGAAUUUGAAAUAGUUUUUUGCUUCAUUUUUUUUCUUUUUUUGUUAUUGUUUGGCAAUUGUAUACAGAAUACCGACAUUUUUUUUCACAAUGAUUUUUUUUUCUCAUCCUAAACAAUAGACACUUAAAGCAUGCACACAAAAAGAGAGAUAUAUUUUAGACUUUGAUUGGUUGGCAUUUCAACUAUGGGCCAUAAAUGAUAAUCUUUUUUUUUUUGCCCCCAACCCAAAAGAAACUAUAUUUAUUCAAUUCAUCAUCAUUAUUAUUAUUUUUCAUCAAAUCAAUCCACCCCUCAAAAAAAAAAAUUAGUGUGGUAUUAGAUUAUAGAAUGAUACAAUGAAUUAUUUGACAAUGGUGAAACUGGAAGAAAUCAAAUAAAUAACCAACCAACAAUGAUUCCGGUUCCACUAUUUUCAACAUAUAUAUAUAUAUAUAU